AUGUCUUUGCUUCCUGGAGAUGUUCCUGGAGCUGUUCUACAGGACAAUGUGUCAUUGGAAGAUCAUUCUGUUCUGGAACUUAAAAGGUGGCUAGAAUGUAGAGGACUGAAAAAGCAGGGAACCAAAGAGGAGCUUAUCAAAAGGAUUCAUAACUGUAUACAGGCAGGAAAUGAGUCCAAAAUAUUCCUUGGGAUUGAUGGAGGAAAAUGGUAUGAUGCCAAAAGAAAUCUUCAGCCUAUUCAGCCAGGAACAAGCAAUGCAUAUGACCAAUGUACUUCUGAUGAUAUAUUUUGGGAUAACUUUCCAAGCAGUACCAUACCCCAAUUUUUCAAUAAGGGGCAUAUCUACACCUAUAUAAUAGGUGAAAAUAUUGAAAAUGAAGAUCCUGAGGUGGAGGUUACUGAAGAUAAAACAUAUACAACAGUUAAACCAUUCAGGAGAGGCCAUCAAUAUGUCAGUAGUCAACACAUAAGUGAAGUCCAAGAUGGAUGUUCUGGAAAUGCUUAUGUGUGUAAAUGCAAAUGCUUAUCAUCAUUCCAAAAAGCCAUAAAAUACAAUGUAAGAGUGAUGCUAAAUAAGACCUCUGGAGCCAUAAUGAAGGGCAUUUGUGAGUGCAAGCAAUCUUCACUAGGCAAAUGCAGCCAUGUUACUGCACUUCUAUUAUUCAUUUGGGAGCAUGUGCAGAAAUUUGGCUAUGCUAAAAUUGUGGGAACAAGCAAACCACGUGAAUGGGGGCUUGGAACACAAAAACGCAGCCCUGGUGCCAUCAAGGAGAAAUCUUAUCCAAUCAAGAAAUAUAAAAUGACCCAAAGAUCAAUAUUUGAUCCAAGACCAGCAACAUAUUUACGUAAUCCUGAUUUGAAUCAGUUUAUAUCUGAUUUACAGAAGACUGGCAACAAUCCAAUGUUCCUGUCAAUUUUCAAAUUGAAAUAUGAAGACUUUCAGUAUGAUGAGGAUGAGCUUUCAAUCAUCAAACUUCAGGACUGCAAACAACACGACAUUGCAUAUUCACAGAACACGUCUUUGGAAGAACGUCAUAAAGCGGAUUUGGUGUUGGAGAACGCUGCCUGGGAACGUGUGAGGUCGAGAGACGCCAAGUUCGGUGAAAGAGCUGCAGCAUUAGUAGUUACUUCCGGGAUUAAGAAAUCUAAACGUGACGAUGCAGAAGCUGGUGCUACCCACUUUGAUAACACGAGCAUAGUUAGUAUCAGAUUAGCCCUUAAUGGUGAAUAUUGGCCUAAUGAGAGAAUGCAGCUGGAUUUCGCUAAACAAGACUACACCCUUGCUUACUACAACUAUACCAGGUUCUAUUCGAGCUAUUCACAUUCGACGGAGGUUCACCCAAUCUUGGAUUAUGGGGAAUUCAAACAGCAUGCAUUAUUUGUGAUUGAUUGCUCGAGGCAGGAAGAGACCAUGAAAUCAUCGACAGUUGAUAUAAAGCUGGAAAUCGAAGCCGAUAAAGGAUUCCCUGCUGACACCAAAGCCUAUUGCAUCAUCGUACAUGACUGCCUGCUAGAGUACUUCCCUCUAACGGAAGUCGUCAGAACCUUGAUUUGA